AUGACAUCAAAUAUUUCAAUGGAUCAACAAAAAUUAAUCAUUGAUGAAAAUGAGAAUCCUCCGCCAUAUCAAAACGUAACUAAUACUGGUUCAGAUUCAUAUGGAACAUUUAUUGGUCAUGUUGAAACAACAUCACCUACUACAACAACUGUUUCAUCUUAUCCAUAUGCAUUAGGUUCUCAUCAACCCACAGUUAUUAUUUUGGGCGGUUGUCCAGUUUGUAAAGUCGGUAUGUUGGAAACUGAUUUUACAUGUUUAGCUAUUUGUUGUGCAAUCUUCCUUUUUCCAAUUGGUAUUCUAUGUUGUUUAGCAAUGCGACGACGUCGAUGUCAAUUUUGUGGAGCUAUUUUUGAUUAA